GCGCAUCCUUUCCGCUCUUGUGAAACACUUACCAUAUGAGGCAGGCUGCUGACCGUACGGUGCAGCAGGUGGAGAGUAGUAGUGGCCGUGGCCCAUUUUUAGCGCUCUUGAGUGUGCGGGCAGUGCUGGGGUGGGAUUUCCACAAUAUGGACAGCGCCGGCUAUUAAGAAGAGAAAAACCGAGGAUGCUCAAUAGGCCGAAGAACGAGGUUGCAAGAACGGAUUUUCGCCAUCUCUUCUGCCGCGGGAGGUGCUGCAGAGCGCACGAAGGCCUCAUGCACGAGUGCGCAUGGGAUCCGCCACCUGGGCGCACACAUGACCCACGCCUCUCCUCUGGUGCUAUAUUGUUCCCACACUCGACAGCGAACCUGCUGCCAGCAAGCUUAUCGCCGCGCCCGCGUCACACCCGCAGCCAAGGCGCGUUCCGAUCGGGGGGGUGCGGUGGGUGGCUCUGUCGGUCUGAGGGACCAAAGCAAAAGCACUGCUGGCGGUCCCCGGCCACGGCGCCUGCUUUCGCUUUCGAGGCUGGGCAGCCUGGGCCUGGCUGUGAGACUUUGUGGGAACUGGUGAUCGCGCGAGGGGUGUUCCCAACCAAAUUCGGCCACUGUGCUUCAUGUGGAACUAGACAGAGGCGGCUGCUGCCGCGAAAAGGACAGCACCGCCUCCCCCUAUCGCGCUGCUGCCGCUCCAACGCCGGCGAAUUUUGGGGGAGGGAGACGAGCAGUUUGUACCCCCCUAUCCCCCACCCGCACAGACGAAAACAGAACGAUGAUACACAUGCACGUCUAUGCAGCAGCGGUAGCAAGCCCAAAAAGGCAAGCCACAGCGCUGCGAUGGUUUCAUAUGAGCAGUCCAAUCAAACCGGAAGACAUCUCCGCUCCUCCGUAUAUAGGCGGGGCGAUCUCGCAUAGUGGCCCAUGGGAAGCUGUCGAAUGACAGCUCCGAGGGCGGGAAGCGGGGACGACACAGGCCAGCAGAGCCCAACAGCACUGCGCCAUUUUGAAACUAAUGCUGUCCUUUUUCUGGCCAAAGGGGCAAUCGCAGUCGCAGUUGCUAUAUCGAGCUGGACAGAAUUCACAAGGGCAGGUGGUGUGUGGUUAUUGGGGCCAAGGGCCAAGGGCCAAGACAGGGCUGGCGAGGGGGAGCGGGGACC